AUGGCUCAGGUUCAGGUUCAGCCUCAGAAUGCGAUGACGGGUCCUAACGGUGGCGCUGCGGCUGCGGCAGCGGCUGCGGCUGCGGCUGGUGGGAAUCAGUUUGUGACGACUUCGCUUUACGUUGGAGAUCUUGAUGUCAAUGUUACGGAUUCUCAGCUUUAUGACCUUUUUAAUCAAUUGGGUCAGGUUGUGUCUGUUAGGGUUUGCAGGGAUUUGACCACUAGGAGGUCACUUGGUUAUGGUUAUGUGAACUACAGCAACCCUCAAGAUGCUGCCAGAGCAUUGGAUGUUCUGAACUUCACUCCUUUGAACAACAGGCCCAUUCGUAUUAUGUAUUCACACCGUGAUCCCAGCAUCCGCAAAAGUGGUCAAGGAAAUAUAUUUAUUAAGAAUUUGGACAAGGCAAUUGACCAUAAGGCAUUGCAUGAUACCUUUUCUACAUUUGGGAGUAUCCUUUCUUGCAAGGUAGCUGUUGAUGGAUCUGGCCAAUCAAAAGGUUACGGCUUUGUUCAAUUUGACAGUGAGGAGGCUGCUCAAAAAGCUAUUGAAAAGCUUAAUGGUAUGCUGUUGAAUGAUAAGCAAGUUUAUGUGGGACCCUUCCUUCGCAAGCAAGAGAGAGAGACUACAGCUGACAGGGCAAAAUUCAACAAUGUUUUUGUUAAGAAUCUAUCGGAAACAACCACCGAUGAUGAGUUGAAGCAGAUUUUUGGAGAAUUUGGAACAAUUACCAGUGCUGUAGUAAUGAGGGAUGGGGAUGGGAAAUCAAAGUGUUUUGGAUUUGUAAACUUUGAGAGUACCGAUGAUGCUGCCAGGGCUGUUGAGGCUCUUAAUGGAAAGAAAAUUGAUGACAAGGAAUGGUAUGUUGGAAAAGCUCAGAAGAAAUCUGAAAGGGAGCAUGAACUGAAACAAAAAUUUGAGCAGAGCAUGAAGGAAGCCGCUGAUAAAUAUCAAGGGGCAAACCUGUAUGUCAAAAAUUUGGAUGAUAGCAUUGUUGAUGACAAACUUAAGGAGCUGUUCUCCUCUUAUGGUACAAUUACCUCUUGCAAGGUAAUGAGAGACCCCAAUGGCAUAAGUCGAGGAUCUGGGUUUGUUGCAUUCUCUACUCCUGAGGAGGCGUCUAGAGCACUCUUGGAGAUGAAUGGCAAAAUGGUGGUAAGCAAACCUCUGUAUGUGACUCUGGCCCAGCGGAAAGAAGAUAGAAGAGCUAGGCUGCAGGCUCAAUUUGCUCAAAUGCGUCCUGUUGCGAUGCCCCAAUCUGUUGCUCCUCGCAUGCCUAUGUAUCCCCCUGGUGGUCCAGGUAUGGGUCAACAAAUAUUUUAUGGCCAAGGCCCUCCUGCCAUCAUUCCUUCCCAGCCUGGAUUUGGGUAUCAACAACAACUUGUGCCUGGAAUGAGGCCUGGUGGGGGUCCAGUGCCAAAUUACUUUGUGCCAAUGGUUCAGCAAGGGCAGCGUCCUGGUGGAAGACGUGGAGGUGCAGUCCAGCAGUCCCAGCAGCCAGUUCCUCUUAUGCCACAGCAGAUGCUUCCUAGGGGGCGUAUGUAUCGCUAUCCUUCUGGUAGGGGCAUGCCUGAUGGUCCCAUGGCUGGAGUGGCUGGAGGCAUGUAUUCUGUUCCUUAUGAUGUGGGUGGGAUGCCCCUUCGUGAUGCAUCACUUUCACAGCAAAUUCCCAUUGGUGCUUUGGCUUCUCAUCUGGCUAAUGCAUCUCCAGAGCAGCAGAGGACGAUGCUGGGUGAGAAUCUUUACCCGCUUGUGGAACAGUUGGAGCCUGACAAUGCUGCCAAAGUUACUGGCAUGCUUCUGGAGAUGGACCAGACUGAAGUUUUGCACUUACUUGAGUCACCAGAAGCCCUGAAAGCAAAGGUGGCAGAGGCAAUGGAUGUCCUUAGAAAUGUUGCACAGCAGCAGGCUGGCGGUGCUGCUGAUCAGUUGUCUUCAUUGUCACUUAAUGACAGCCUUGUUUCUUAA